GGCAUCGAGGGCGCGUGCGCGAGUGGAACGUGGGGAAAUGAACAAGCCGGCGGAAGUCGUGAAGAGAAAGGACGCCAGUUCCGGUAGGAGGGGGUUCAGUAGGGGACAAGUCGGAGCCAUUGGAAAAUGCAGUUAACCUAUCAAUUGGACCUGUUUCCUGAGUGCACAGUAACUCUUCUCUUGUUUUGUGAUGUAAAAAAUGCUGGAGAGUUAAGAAAAAAGGCCAUGGAAGGUAGCAUCAAUGGAGCAUUAAUUAAUGCAACAAUGGUGGUGGAUCCGUUCCAGUUACUCGUGGCAGCAAACAAAGCCGUCCACCUCCACAAGCUUGGGAAAAUGAAGACGAGAACUCUGUGCACCGAAAUCAUUUUCAACCUCUCCCCCAACAACAGCAUCUCGGAGGCCUUGAAGAAGUUUGGCAUCUCCGACAACGACACCUCGAUCCUGAUCGUGUGCGUGGAGGAAGGAGAAAAGCGGAUGAAUCCGGAAGACCUCGUGUCUCAGGUGGACGGCCACCAGGUCUCCUUCGACAAGCUUCCGGAAAUCACCGACGAGACCAAACUGAGAAAGACCUACAAACUGACCCCCAGAGAAGAAAAGAUCGGCACGCUACUGGAAAGUAUCAUUUGCAGAAUGUCAACUAAAGAUGUUUUGUGAAGGGAAAAGAGAAGAAGAAUGUUUUUUGGCCAGUGA